CAUGCAAGCAGUGAGGCCGGCGACGAGGGAGGAGGCGGUGGAGCAGUCACAUGCGCAGGCCACGAGUGAGUCGGAGGCGCAAGAGGUCAGGGAGGUGGUGAAGGCGGUGGAAGAGGAGGCGCCGGAGGAGAAGGAGGUGGCGGUGGUGGGAGAGCAAAAGGCCAUCCAUGCCGAGGUGGAAGCCAGUGAGAUGGAGGUGGAGGCGGAUAUCGAGGCCGAGGCCGGGGUGUCGGCCAAGAAGAACCGGAUCCAGGUGUCCACCAACAAGAAGCCGCUUUACUUCUACGUCAACCUCGCCAAGAGGUACAUGCAGAACUAUGAUGAGGUUGAACUCUCUGCUCUCGGGAUGGCCAUUGGCACUGUUGUGACUGUAUCGGAGAUCCUAAAGAACAAUGGCUUGGCCACCGAAAAGAAGAUCCUAACAUCAACAAUUGGAACCAAAGAUGAGUCAAAGGGGCGACUCGUUCGUAAAGCCAAGAUUGAGAUCCUGCUGUGUAAAUCAGAGAACUUCAAUAGCAUUAUGUCCAACAAAAAGUCACACAAGUCUGCUGACGAUGAGAUGAAGGUCUGAUAAUUGUGGAGAAGAGAUAGAUGCCACUAUGCUUGGGUGGUGAGAGGCGGCACGAACGUUGAUUCAGUGGUAAUUAGGGUACCUUAGUCCUAGUUAAGGAGGGAUGGAUCAUAUCUUUGCGAGUGCAUUCAAGUGAGAUGUGUCUCGUCUCCCCUUAAUUGUUGCUCUGGUGUUCCAACUCAGAUAUGCAAAAAUGCAAAAUCUUACAACUAGUUGCAUCUGUAUUGGAUGAUGAUGAACUGCACUUAGAACUCCUGUUGUAGGCUGGAGAUAGUAUUCCUAAGAGCAUCUUACUUUUCAGUGUGUUGUACCUUUUCUACAUGUAACGAGGCAUUUGGACAUGCAAAUUGGCAAUAUGAUCAAUGGUUGUAAUGUUUUGAAGUUGUACUUGCAAAUUAUGGUUUGAUGGUUU